UCCCUACCUUUCCAUCUUUCUUGACGACCAUGGAGCCCGAGCCAGGAGACGAGUACAUACGACGCAUAGCGGAAUACAUCCGCACGCAUGAAGCCGGACUUGCAGCGGCGGCCCCUCUCCGGAGACGACCAUCAAAGGUCUCCAAGCCAUCCGAGGUCUCCGUCCUUAACCCCCUAGGCUGGUUCGCCUCCAAUCCUAAUGCCGUGGCGAACGCGAAGCCCGUCGUGCUCGCGUUCGAUUUCCAUCACCUCUUCUACCUCCUCAUGCGUAUGGAGGCCUUGGGCUACCAAGUCGGCUCUCUCGAUAUCAAGGUCGAUAGCCCCUCGCGUCCUAUGAACUACAUCUCACUCCCCACGAAUGGAGACAAGUCGGAUGCCCUUUCCUUCGUGUCCCUGCGCUCAUCUCUUUCCGCCGUCUCUCGCUUAUCACUUGGUGCUGGCUGGUUUGGUAGACCGCCUCCACCUACCGUUGACGCAGAGCUCAGGUAUAUCUACAGGAGCUUCAACGUCAUUCCCGCCCUUUCUCUCCACGCACCCGAGCCGAGGCUCAUCGCUGAGCUUGCGAAGGACUCGCCAAUUGAGAACGCGCUACCAUUCGAAGCGUUCAAGAACCUGCAGACGCUACAGUGCAUCGACAUCGAUCCGCGGACAAUACUCGGCUGGGAUAAGUUAGCGAGCAGUUUGCGAAGUCUAACGGUGACAAGGAGUGGGCUGGAGGACGUUUCUGACAUCUUUAUCGGUGCUGUGAAGGAUGACCAGGCGAGACGAGAAGGCCGGGUGAGCUCUCUCAAAUCGAGGAAACUAUCCCGCGGUGUCUCCCGCCAGUCAUCGUUCCAUAGCACGCAGCUUCCCGAGUCCGUACCUGAGGAUGCUGAGGGCGAGGAUGCGGAUGCGGAUGCAGAGUCCCCUACUCUAGAUACGCCCAAGCCACUCUCCUCAGAACUCCCUUCGUCCGCCUGGUCUCUCUUGCGACACCUUUCUCUCGCCGACAACUCCCUCACAUUCCUUCCGACUUCUUUCCUAUCUUAUCUCACGUCUGUGACACAUCUCGAUCUAUCUUCCAACCUACUCGUCUCCGUCCCUGCCGGUCUAUCAGCUCUAUACAACCUCAUCUGCCUCAAUCUUUCCGACAACAUGAUCGACUCUGUCUUGGGCAUCUACACCAACCUGGGUGGUGUCGUGACGCUCAACCUAUCCAACAACCGCCUUGAGUCUAUAUGUGGGCUCGAGCGACUGUAUGCUCUUGAGCGCGUGGACCUCCGGCACAAUCUCAUCGAGGAGAGCGCGGAAGUCGGUCGGCUUGCCACUCUUCCUAAUAUCUCGGAGGUGUCCGUGGAGGGCAAUCCGCUUGUGGAGAUCGAAGAAGACUAUCGGAUACGCUGCUUUGACUUCUUUUGGAAGGAGAAGAAGAGCGUCCUCCUCGACGGCUCGGCUCCAGGCUUCUACGAGAAACGCCAUCUCACUUCGCCCCCGCCCGAGCAGAUGACCUCCACGCGGCCUCCAUCCGUCGCGUACUCCCCACCUGUUGUGGCUGUCGGAAGUCCGUCAAAGACUAAUGGGGUUGCGCACGCGCAAGGCAGUCCCCUCCACGCCUCCCCCAAUUCUUCACCAGCAUCGCACCCAUCACAUCCAGCUUUUCCCCACCCUGCCGCAGGGCAUGCACGCGGGCGCAGGAAGAAGAACAAGCGGAUAGUGGAUCUGGACGGAGGCCAGGAGGCGAGCGAGGCGGCGAGCGUAAAGAGCGUGCCGCGCCCCACUGCUUCGAGAACGAUCAGCCCCGCGCAGCGAAAUGGAGCCCCCACUCAUAUCCAGGUUCCGGCCCCAGCCCCAGCGCCUUCUACGCAGGAAGCCCUCGCUCCUCUACCCACUCCGACGCGUGCGCCUCCGAGCGCGUUCAGCCCCCCUUCCUCGCCCCCGCCGCAGCCAACACCAACAACAUUCGUGAAGCCCAAAUCACGACACAGCCGGCACAUGACCGAGUUCGCGCACACUGCGCCCUCCCCCACCACCGAAGCCGACGACGCGUUUGCCUCCCUGCCCGAGGGCCGCAUGAUCGGGCACCGCAAGUCAUCGACUCUCUCGCGCGCACAGGCUCGGCGCGCCCGUGUCUCCGCGUCGGUGUACGAGCCCGGUAACGCGGGAGGGAAGGAGAGCGGGAACCAGUUCGAGGAGGCAGAUGCGUUCCGCGCGCGGAUCGAGGCGCUGCGGUCGGAUAUGGGCGAGGGGUGGUUGAAGGUGUUCAACCAGUCACAGAUCGGGUCGCCGACGCGUGCGAAUGCGACUACGUCUCCGUCAUGAUAGCUGCACGGGGGGGCGGAGGAUGGCUUUUCAUUUUAUGCUCAUUUUCACGCUGUCUGGGACAUCUCGCAAGUGUAAUUGACGGGUUCAUUUGUAUACCAUUGCGCCUGGAGUGUUAUGUACUCAUGCUAGAUAGACCUUACGUGCCUUCAUAAUGUCCUCGCAUACUAUC